CUCUUGGCAGUUUCUUGCAGAGACUUCUCUUUAAACUGGACUCGUUUGACGGCAAAUAAAUGAAAGCAAUAGAAAGACAUCUGAUCGAGAGGCUUACUUUGGAGCUGCUUAUGACUUGAUGCUUCCAUGAGCUGCAGUGCAGAGUUUGGACACAGCUUCUUGUGGUCUUCCAGUGCAUCAUGACAUCGAAGUUUUCAACCUUCUUAAUCAAAGACAUUCUUACCGGCCUGGAGGCUCCCUGUGGGAAUCCCGGCAACACAGCUGCAGAGGAGCUUUGCGCACUUGCGCGCAAUUUACGCGCGGGCUUUGAUAACGCCAUUCAGAAAAGACUUUCUCCUGGCAAACGCGUGUCUGAAAGCCACCGAUCCGGCACCGGCAAGAAAGAAGGAGGGGCUGCGACUCAGUUCAGAGAAGGUACCGCAGAGAGUGCAGGCAUGCAGUAUGUGGAGCGGAAUAAGCGGCAAAGGAACCAUGUGGAAGCAGGAAUGAAGGGGUUUCUCCACCACUACCACCGAGGCGGGGAGACAUCCAGCUGUUCCCCCGAGGAGAGCCACUGCGCCGCCGCGAAGAAGCGCUCCAGAGCGGCUUUUUCCCACGAGCAGGUCCACGAGCUGGAGCGUCGUUUCAGCGCCCAGAGGUACCUCUCUGGUCCCGAGCGGGCAGACCUGGCAUGCGCCUUGAAACUCACAGAGACACAGGUGAAAAUCUGGUUCCAGAACCGGAGAUACAAAACGAAACGGCGCCAGCUGGCCACUGACCUGGCGGCGCUCAGCUCACCAAAGACCGUGGCGGUUAAAGUGCUGGUGAGAAAUGAGCAAAAGCAGUGGAUUCCGGGCAGUGGAGCCCACCUUCCCACGACUGUGCCACUGUACCACGGCUAUCAGUACCAGCAGCCCUUCCUACACCAAUGCUACCAGCCCUACAGCACUGACAGGUCAUAUGGAGGAACGUUCUAAUGUUUGUGUGUCUUGCAAAGUUCACAUGUGAAUCUUUGUAGAAAAUAUUUUUUUACGCCCUUCUG